AUGGCAUCCUCAGCCCCCAAGAAAAGACUCCAAGCUCUGAGCGAACAACUCCAGAACCCGAUUAGAAGCGAAGGCAAAUUCGAAGACUUGCCCAACAUUCCCACUGUAGCAGGCGACUCCAAAGGACCCCGCACCCUCGGAAAAGUCGUCAUCAUCACUGGCUGCAACUCCCCCAUUGGAAUCGGUCGUGCCUCAGCCCACCACUUCGCCAACAACGGCGCCAAAGCAAUCUACAUCUCCGACUACCGCACCGAACAUCUCGAAACGCACAAACGCGAGCUCGAAUCCAAGUAUCCGGGAGUCAAGAUCCAUCCCAAAAAAGUCGACGCAGCAGAAGAAUCUGACAUUUCCGCCCUCGUCGACGAAUGCCUGGCCACCUACGGCCGAUUGGACAUUUUCUUCGCCAACGCCGGAGUUUCCGUCACUAUGAGCAGCGUACUCGACGGCAACGCCAGUGAUUUCAUGGACGUGAUGCGCGUGAAUUCGCUUUCUGUAUUCUUAGCAGUCAAGCACGGAGCACGAGGUAUGUUGCAGACGGGCGCGGAGAAGAAGUUUCCCGGGGGAAGUAUUGUCAGUGUGGCCUCUUCGGCGGGUAUGCGAUCGAAUGCCGGCGCGACGGACUAUUCGGCGUCGAAAGCUGCUGUUAUUAGUAUUAUGCAGACGAGUGCGUACCAGUUGAGUGGGACGGGGAUUCGAUGUAAUGCGAUUUGUCCCGGGAUUAUUGAGACGGGCAUGACGGCGCCCAUGUAUGAGAUGGCCAGGGCGAGGGGGUCGGAGAAGAAGAUUGGGCAGUUGAAUCCGUUGAUGAGAGGGGGUGUGGCGGAUGAGGUGGCUAGGGUGGCGUUGUUUUUGGGGAGUGAUGAGGCGAGUUAUGUGAAUGGACAGGCGUGGGCCGUGUGUGGAGGAUUGACGGCUGGUCAUCCUUUUGUUCCGGGGAAGAUUGCUUGAUAUAUUGAUGAAUCUG